AUGGCACAGGCCAGGAGCAGCCAGGAUGCCAAGGAGAGUCAGGCUUGGGACAAGGGAGAGUCAGGCUUGGGACAAGGGAGAGUCAGGCUUGGGACAAGGGAGAGUCAGGCUUGGGACAAGGGAGAGUCAGGCUUGGGACAAGGGAGAGUCAGGCUUGCUUGGGACAGGCGAGAGUCAGGCUUGGGACAAGGGAGAGUCAGGCUUGGGACAAGGGAGAGUCAGGCUUGGGACAAGGGAGAGUCAGGCUUGGGACAAGGGAGAGUCAGGCUUGGGACAAGGGGGAGUCAGGCUUGGGACAAGGGGGAGUCAGGCUUGGGACAAGGGGGAGUCAGGCUUGGGACAAGGGGGAGUCAGGCUUGGGACAAGGGGGAGUCAGGCUUGGGACAAGGGGGAGUCAGGCUUGGGACAAGGGGGAGUCAGGCUUGGGACAAGGGGGAGUCAGGCUUGGGACAAGGGGGAGUCAGGCUUGGGACAAGGGGGAGUCAGGCUUGGGACAAGGGGGAGUCAGGCUUGGGACAAGGGGGAGUCAGGCUUGGGACAAGGGGGAGUCAGGCUUGGGACAAGGGGGAGUCAGGCUUGGGACAAGGGGGAGUCAGGCUUGGGACAAGGGGGAGUCAGGCUUGGGACAAGGGGGAGUCAGGCUUGGGACAAGGGGGAGUCAGGCUUGGGACAAGGGGGAGUCAGGCUUGGGACAAGGGGGAGUCAGGCUUGGGACAAGGGGGAGUCAGGCUUGGGACAAGGGGGAGUCAGGCUUGGGACAAGGGGGAGUCAGGCUUGGGACAAGGGGGAGUCAGGCUUGGGACAAGGGGGAGUCAGGCUUGGGACAAGGGGGAGUCAGGCUUGGGACAAGGGGGAGUCAGGCUUGGGACAAGGGGGAGUCAGGCUUGGGACAAGGGGGAGUCAGGCUUGGGACAAGGGGGAGUCAGGCUUGGGACAAGGGGGAGUCAGGCUUGGGACAAGGGGGAGUCAGGCUUGGGACAAGGGGGAGUCAGGCUUGGGACAAGGGGGAGUCAGGCUUGGGACAAGGGGGAGUCAGGCUUGGGACAAGGGGGAGUCAGGCUUGGGACAAGGGGGAGUCAGGCUUGGGACAAGGGGGAGUCAGGCUUGGGACAAGGGGGAAUUUCUGUUGCUGCAAUUACUGACCCACACUCCUGGCCCCUUCCCUUUCACAGAGGCAGGAAAAGCAGAGCUACCCCUCUGCUGGACAGCAAAUUCCCAAUUUAA